GCCGCGGCUUCUAUGACCGCCGUAUACGCCUUUUGCCUCUGAAAGUGGAGACUAAAGAGAUAAACGACACGUUGAGAACCUUACAUGGCCAUAUAUCACACAUGAUAAGCGAGAAAGCAAGUCCCGAAGACAUUGAAGCCGCUCGACGUUGCAGCCUUGGAUACCUCAGCAAUCAUCACGUCCAACGGCUUUUCUCCACCAUGAGGGGAUUCCAUGUGGGAUACCUAGACUUAGCAGGGCGUUAUCCAGCACGCUAUCAACGCCUACGCGCUCGAUUUGACGAGGUCGUGCAAGACUUUCACUAUGCUGCUAGUCACUGUCGCACAACCACAGAAAGGGUAGGCAUAGAAACCGACGAUAACGGUACAACGCUCUACUACGACGCGCAUAUAUACACCUUCGAGCCACCGGGACUAUGGGAGGACCUCGCCCCGAAAUGGGGGCUACACUCCAUGAUGGGCUUUGGACGGUUCUCGUCUUUACUAGAGAGCUACAUGAACCUGCUCUGCCCACACUACCCGUACCCGAGGUUCCAGCAACUGAAGCUAUUGGACUUACCAGCAGAAUUACUUGAUCGGAUACUGUGCCUAUCCAACCUCGAGGACCUUCAGAAGUGGAGCGUCGUGUGCAAGCUGUUGCGAGAGCUUGCACUUGUCUAUGUGUACAAAGAUUACGACUACGAUAUGAAGGCCUAUCCGCUAGAUCAUGACUUCAUCGAGACGAUACUCAAGGACGAAGACUAUCAAGACCGGUUCGACGAGUACCUGCAGAGCUUUGCGCUGGAACGACGCGAUGAGCUGGCUGGACGCAUGCGACGGGUCUUGCAGCGUCGCGACAUUCUCAGCAGCAUCCGACGAUUGGGUUUCAACGAGUCCUGGGCGAUGUCCAACCUUCUCCCUAGCAUCGGUUUCACAUACGCGGAAUACGUCGCGCCCGUCAUGCCACUUCUCGCUGGUCACAUACGCUCCUCGUCGCUCUCGAAACUUCACUUCAUGACGCUGUACCUGUAUCGCUCGGUGUGGGAAGCGAUGGCGGGGUCCAGGUCACUUCAUACGGCGACAUUGUACACCGCCAAGGCGGCUGAGGACGAGGGCGCACAGUGGCAAGUGCCGUCGCUAGCCCCGAGUUUAAUUAACUUGGAGCUACGCAUGAUCCACGAAGUCGACGAAAACCGCCUCUGGGAUCUCGUCUGUCUCUGCCCCUCGUUGCUCUACCUGAACCUCAGCGGCUCACCCCAGUUUGGUUCACCACUGCCCGGCCAUGUCUUCGCUCCAUACACCGGCAACGUCAUGACCUACCUACGCCGACUCAGUCUAGAGAACAUCUGGGCCGGCACCCUCGACGACCUCAUUGCAGCUAUCUACGCGGCUCCGAUGGUCCCGCUCACUCACCUCAGCAUCUCAACGACCCAAUCGCACAUCAAGAAAGACCUCGCUUUUCGCCUCAUCCGCUCCUUCGCUCGCAUUCCUGAUCUACGACUCCUGGCCAUCUCGAACUUGCAGUACGCCCGUCCCGAUCUCUUCGCUCUCCUCGCAGAAUGCGCUCCCGCCCUCGAAACACUCGCACUGCAGCACUACCCCAGUAUCUGGCACCGAAAGAGCGGUUCCUCCCUGUGGCCUUGUCCGACCUACGAGUACGCCCCCCCGCUCGCUGCUUUUCCCCGUCUCCAAUACCUCGCGCUGAACAUGAAGAUCGUGGACUGCUCUUACACGCCUUUCUUCUUCCAUCGCUAUGAAAACAACUUCGACGACGUGGAGGCGGCCGAGAAGAAAGCCGCACGCCUCUGGUUCUCUGAGGGCGCGAACCCCGACGACCACCCGGAAUACAUCGACUGCUGCCUGGGCGAGCCGGUGGGCUCCGUCGUGCGGCUCUUCGCAACGCACAAUCGCACUCUUCGGAUGGUCGUCCUCGAUCACUUAGGGAUGUCUGGAAGCUGGGCUAUCGACCGGGAUGGGCACGGUAAAGCAAGCGUUCGCAGCAAGCUCACAUGCGAGGAGCAGUGGCGCGCAUACUCGUCCGGGUUUCCACUUGUCGCUUACAGGUGGGCAUUCGAGGAGUGGGAGGCCAACGAGAUCUUGGCAGAUCGCCGUAGCAACCAUUGAUGAGCAUCGUGGUACAACACACCCUCGCAUAUCAGAUUUUCUAGUCUC